AUGGUUCUCCCUUCAGCAAUCCUCCUCCCUCUGUACCUCUACCCCUCCGUCACCACUGACCCGUGGAAACCUCUCUACGACUCCCUAACGGCGCACCCAAACACCCAAUUUGAUAUCGUCAUCAACCCCGACUCAGGUCCCUUGCUCGUAGGCCCAUCCGACAGCGCCCUCUCAGACUACGUUGUCGCCGUCUCCAAGCUCCGCACCUACCCCAAUGUCAAUAUCUUCGGAUACGUUCACACAGGCUGGGGCGCCGCCUCCCUGCAACCGGCGCUCCUAUCCAACAUCUCCCGCUAUGCAACCUGGAACACCUACACGCCGGCCAACAUCAGCCUGGACGGCAUCUUCAUCGACGAAGCCCCCAACGCCUACGACCCCACGAUCUACACCAACCUGCAAACCGCCACUAAUCUCGCGCGCUCAUCGGAACUGCCCAAAAUCAUCUUAAACCCCGGCACCGUAGCUGAUGCCGAGUAUUUCGCGCUCGCGGAUUACAUCAUCAUGUUUGAGGGCGCGUAUGCUAACUUUAAUGCGAGUGAGAUGGCGGCACUUUCGCAGGCUGUGAGGGCGAAUAGCUCGGUGAUUCUUUAUGAUUCUACGCUUGCGGAAGCGGAUCAGAACACGUUGGUUAAUCAGUUGGUGGAUUUGGGCUUGGGAAGUUUGGAUGUUACGACGACGAAUACCUAUGAUACUUGGAGUGCGCUUUGGACUGCUUUCACUCAGCAAGUUAGCAGUGCUGUGGGAGUGACGUAG